CGAAAUUUGACGAUACGGAUCUGAAUUUGGCACUGGCUGGGAAACAAUUAGGACGUCACGUGCAGACCAUGUAAUGCACAGUACUAUUGGUGGUGGUGACGUUCCACGUGGAGCACGGCAGCAGUACCGAACUCCGUACGUAACGUAAUGUACACUAUGGUGGGCUGACUCGCCGCACCAGUAGUGGCCCCUAUCGUGGCGGACUCCUUGUGCGACCUUUUCACCCGCCGCCCAACUGCGCCACCCCGCGCACGUUAGCAUUACCUCACCGCCUUCACCCACAAUAUGCCACCCACCAAAUCUCUCCCCCGCAACCAAAACCACCCCCCUCUCCUCUCCUUCACCGCAACCCAACCAUGUCCACCGCCGCCCUCCCCACCAAACCCCGCCGGGUCCCACCCCCCUGCUGGACCCAGGACGAGGCCCGCUCCCUCAUCCUCGCCUACCGCGACCGCUGGUUCGCUCUCCGCCGCGCCAAUCUCAAAUCCGCCGACUGGGACCACGUCGCAGCCGCCACCGCCGCCGCGGCUCCCUCCUCCCCGCCCAAGACCGCGCUGCAGUGCCGGCAUAAGAUGGAGAAGCUUCGCAAGCGGUACCGCGCUGAGAAGCAGCGGGCUUCUGGGUACCCGGGUCGGUUUUCCUCGUCGUGGGCUUUGUUUCAUCUCAUGGAUGAAAUGGAGUCCGGCCCGGAUCGGGGAUUGGAUAGUGGUGGUGAGUUUGGAGGUGGGUUUUCGUUAAAGGCUCGUAAUUUGGUGAAAUUUGAUGGAAAUGUUGGUAGGGAUUUUAGUCCUGAUGUUGAUGAGAAUUCUAGCUUUUAUUCUGAAGGUGAUGAUUAUGUUAAUCAAGGGUUUAGGCCAAAGAGUAAUGGCAAGGCUGAUGUGAAUCUUAAGCACAGUUUCAGGAAACAUGGGGACUAUGGAGUUGAUAUUAGAAGUGAUAGGGAUUUUGUGCCUGCCGGUUUUCGGCCAAAGAGUAGUGGCAUUGUUGAUGGGAAUGUAAAGAGCAAUGUGCAUUUUAAGGAGUUUGAUGGGUAUUCUUGUUUAUCAGGAUCAAAGUUUGUGAAGAAGAGUGGUGUUGUUGGGAUUAAGAGAGAUGUGGAUCCUGUUGAAGACUUGGCUUCAUCGAUUAUGCGGUUGGGAGAAGGGUUUGUGAGGAUGGAGAAAAUGAAGAUGGAAAUGACGAUGGAGAUUGAGAGGAUGCGAAUGGAGAUGGAGCUGAAGCGUAAUGAGGCCAUGAUCGAAUCCCACCAGCAGAUUGUGGAUGCUUUUGUGAAUGCAUUAUUGGAAAGGAAGAAGAAAAAGAAGGCCAAGGUGGAGUCUUCCCAUGCUUAGAUGGAUGGAACUUCGUUUACACUUGAACUGUUCGUUUGUAAGUUUGCUGCUUACUCUUACCAGAACAUGCAAAGUUAGGAUGAUCUUCUUUCUUUUUCUUCCUUUAUUGUUGACAAAAGAAAUAGUAUGAUAGGAUAUCUGCCUUGUAGUGGAUAAUUUGAUUUGUUGACAGGCAGAUAGAUGCAUGAACUUGUCAUCAUGUUGUUAGUUACUACAAGAUGUUGAAUUUACCUGUCUCCUUUUUUUAGUUGAUUCAUGAUUCAAUACAUGAUUAGAAUCUAUUGAUUUCCUGAGAUUGAAAUGGUUUUAUUGUGGAGGUAGUGUGUGUGAUGAUAUGUGAAUGCUUAUGUGUAGAUUUUCUUC